AUGACAAAACCCAGCACAUAUGAAGUACAGAUCAAAGAAUCACUAAAGACGAAACUCCGCAAGACCACUACAGACGCUGUGCUUGUGAUAGAACAUAGAAGUACCAAAAUCAGAUGUCUGCACUGCCAGACCAAGAUUGAAAUUGGGAAGGGUAAACCUAUUAGACGUCACCUUAACAGUGCAGCCCACCAAUCUAGUAAUUUCCACUGGAAGCAGUCCGUCUACCGGAAGAUCCAAGCCCUUGGCCUAGCACCAAUGUACACGAGGGAUGAGGAGAAGAGGCUUCUUCUACAACAGCUAAUGGCAUUACCAUUCCUGCCAGUAGAAGUGGUCCCCGAGUUCCGACGACUUCGGCUUCAGAGCGACAGUCCCUUGAUCGAUGAGCUCUUUGACUACCUAGAGUCAACGUGGAUAACGAACCCAACCUGGCCAGUGCGAGUCUGGUCAACGUAUGGAAAGGCUAUCAGGACCAACAACGACGCUGAAGGUUACAACCACAGACUCAACAGAAGAGCGGGAGGGAAGAGUAUGGGUGUGUAUCAGUUGUCGUCAUUGCUCUUCAAGGAGUCACAGCUCGUAGAUCUAACAGUGCGCAUGGUGGACAGGCGUCUUCUAACCCGUCAUCAGAGAAGACAGACCAGGACAAUGCAAGCCCGUGUUUUCAGAGCCUGGGAGGAGCACCGAGAUGGGGAGAGGACCACACAAGACCUUUUGACUGUCUGUGCACAUAGCUAUGGCCAUGCACCAGCUUAG